UUCACUAGAUUGUUCGCUUGCUCACUCUACUUUAACAGUGCUAGGUCUUGUUAAUCUGAGCAAAACCCUAGCUCGAAAAAUGGCGUCACGAUCUGCUUUUAUACUCUUCUGUGUUCUCUUUCUAGCUACAGAAGAGACUCUAGCUUCUGUCUUCUCCUCAAGGCUGAUCCACCGCUUCUCCGACGAAGGAAGAGCGUCGAUUAAGACUCCGAGUUCGUCGGAAUCGUUGCCGGAGAAACAGAGUUUGGCGUAUUAUCGAUUACUAGCUAAAAGUGAUUUCCGAAGACAGAGAAUGAAUCUUGGUGCUAAGUUUCAGUCUCUUGUUCCAUCUGAAGGAAGCAAAACUAUAUCUUCUGGAAAUGACUUUGGAUGGCUACACUACACAUGGAUCGACAUAGGGACUCCGAGUGUAUCGUUUCUUGUGGCUUUAGAUACUGGAAGUGAUCUACUUUGGAUUCCUUGCAACUGUGUGCAAUGUGCUCCUCUAACAUCCACUUAUUAUAGCAGCCUGGCUACUAAAGAUCUGAAAGAGUAUAAUCCAUCAAGUUCAAGCACCAGCAAAGUCUUUCUGUGCAGCCAUAAGCUGUGUGAUUCUGCUUCAGAUUGUGAGAGCCCGAAGGAGCAAUGCCCUUAUACUGUUAAAUACCUUAGUGGAAAUACCUCGAGCUCGGGACUACUUGUUGAAGACAUCUUGCAUCUUACAUAUAAUACUAACAAUAGACUGAUGAACGGUUCCUCCUCUGUCAAGGCUCGAGUUGUUAUAGGAUGUGGUAAGAAGCAAAGUGGGGACUACUUGGAUGGGGUUGCUCCUGAUGGUUUGAUGGGUUUAGGACCUGCAGAAAUCUCGGUUCCAAGUUUUCUCUCUAAAGCAGGACUCAUGAGAAACUCUUUCUCGUUGUGCUUUGAUGAGGAAGAUUCAGGGAGAAUUUACUUCGGUGACAUGGGACCGUCAAUACAACAAUCAACACCAUUCCUUCAGCUUGAGAACAAUUCAGGCUACAUUGUGGGUGUGGAGGCUUGUUGUAUUGGCAACUCGUGUCUGAAGCAGACGAGCUUCACAACUUUUAUUGACAGUGGACAAUCAUUUACUUAUCUACCGGAAGAAAUAUACAGAAAAGUUGCACUUGAGAUUGACAGACAUAUAAACGCUACGAGUAAGAGCUUUGAAGGUGUUUCAUGGGAGUAUUGCUAUGAAUCUAGUGUUGAGCCAAAGGUACCAGCGAUCAAACUCAAGUUUUCGCACAAUAACACAUUCGUGAUUCACAAACCUUUGUUUGUAUUCCAACAAAGUCAGGGGCUUGUUCAAUUUUGCCUACCUAUCAGUCCUAGUGAACAAGAAGGCAUAGGAAGCAUAGGACAGAACUACAUGAGAGGGUAUCGAAUGGUUUUCGAUAGAGAGAACAUGAAGCUACGCUGGUCAGCCUCCAAAUGUCAAGAAGAUAAGACAGAGCCGCCUCAAGCUUCACCGGGAAGCACUUCAUCGCCAUAUCCAUUACCAACAGAGGAGCAGCAAAGCAGAGGCCAUGCGGUUUCACCAGCAAUUGCAGGUAAAACUCCAUCCAAAACACUAUCAUCAUCAUCCUCAUCAAGAUCAUCAUGCAUCUUCUCUUCCAUGAUGAGAUUAUUCAACUCUCUUCUUCUGCUACAUUGGCUUGCCUCUUUAAUGUAGAGAUAAAGAUUGUCAUAUCAA